AUGCAGCGUAGGGAGCCGGGCAUCGAGCUGAGGCCGCAGGAGCCGGCCCCGAUCGGCCGCUCGGUCCUCGUGCUCAGCAACGUGCGUCAGUCCAACAACUACACGUGCGUGGACACUAACGAGCUCGGCUCGGUGGCCAGCAUGACGCAGGUCAACGUGCAAGGGCUGCCGCGGCCGCCGACAAACCUGCGCGUGUUGGACGUGACCUCAGAGGCGGUCCGCCUCUCGUGGUCGUACGACCUCGACCAGGAGACCAUCAAGUACUACGUCAUCCAGUACAGCCAAAAAUAUGGUGUGCAGCAGGAGAUCAACGGCGUGAUAUCGCUCCACUACGCGGUGCCCAACCUGGCGCCGUUCACCGAGUACGAGUUCCGCGUGAUCGCUGUCAACAACUUGGGCCGCGGCCGGCCUAGCGCGCCCGUCCAGGUCACCACGCACCUGACAGAGCCCGGCUCGGCGCCCAAGAACGUGCACGUGCGGCCGCUGGGCUCCAGCACGCUGGUUGUCAUGUGGGACAGCCCCGACCAGCCUGUCGUCCAGAUCACCAGCUACAAGGUCUACUUCACGAUGACGCCCGACCUGCCGCUGAAGCAAUGGGAGUCGGAGGUGGUGUACGCCGGCGGCGGCACACUCAUCACCCUCUCCGGCCUGGUCCCGCACGAGAUCUACACGCUCCGUGUACAGGCCGAGACGCUGGCCGGGCCCGGGCCCAUUUCGGUGCCGGUACGCGCCAAGACGCAACAGGGCGUGCCCAGCCAGCCGAACGGCCUGGACGUGGUGGAGAAGGGCGCCACAACGGCCGUCCUCAGCUGGGAGCGGCCCGUGCACUCCGGGAGGGGCAUCAUCAACUACGUCGUGUACUACAACGACACGUACGAGAAGGUGGAGCGGCGCAUGGUGGUGCCACUGCACGAGCGCUAUGAGAUGAAGGACCUGCACCCGAACACGCUGUACUACGUGUGGGUGGCGGCCGUCUCUGGCAGAGGCGAGGGUGCUGCCACGCCGGUCGUCCCGUUCCGCACCGAGGAGUAUGGAGACCCACCAUCGCCCGAGGCGGACUCGCGCUCGCUGCUGGUCUCCUGGCUGCCGCCGUCGGCGGACCUGCGGAACGGUGCCAUCCGCUACUACAAGAUCUUCUUGAAGCGCUCUGGCCAGGACGACUCGGACGCGGUUGAGAUCAAGCUGAAAGACCCGUCGCAUCGCAACUUCACGGUGGACGAGCUGCGCAAGUACACCGAGUAUUCCAUCAGUGUGCUGGCCGGCACGCUGGUGGGCGACGGGCCGCAGAGCCACCCGGUCCUGGCACGCACCGAAGACGACGUGCCGGGCAAGCCGCGCAACCUGACCGCCCGCGUGCUGAACUCGACGGCCGUCCGGCUCACCUGGUCACUACCCACGGACCGCGAGCGCAACGGCCUGAUCCUCGGGCACCAGGUCCUCGUGCAAGAGCUAGGCACUGAGGGCAACGGCCGCUCGUCCCGGCCGCGACGCUACGAGAUCCGCGACGGCGAGGCGGCCGACUACACGGCGGCCGACCUGCAGCCCAGCACCUCCUACCUGUUCCGGGUGUCGGCACUCACUCGCAAGGGGGACGGCUCGCGCAGCGACGCGGCGCGCGCCACCACACAGGGCAGCGUGCCCAGCCAGCCCGACGUGCACAUCAAAGUGAUCAAGGAGGAGGAGCGGGUGACGCUGGACGUGGAGUGGUCUCGCCCGACCGAGACGCACGGUGUGUUACUCGGCUACCGGCUGCGCUACGGCCGGACGGGCGACGCCGCCAGGCUCAGGGAGGUCACCAUCGCCGGAAACACGACCCAGUACAAACGGCUCAGCGGCCUGGAACGUGGCGUCGAGUACGAGUUUCGCGUGAGCGGCCGGAACGACGUCGGCCACGGCCAGGAGCAGAUCAUCACGUACAACGCGAGCGAGGGCGCGCCGUCCGGCCCCGUCACCAACGUCACGUUCAGAUUUCAGGCGACCGAUCGGGUGGCGUUCACCUGGGAUCCGCCGCGAUCGGACCAGCGAAACGGCAAGAUCACCGGCUACAGUGUGCAGCUCCACAAGGAGGGCAACCUCGACCACGUGGAGCGGAUGCACCCCAACGACACCAAGGUGGUGUUCACCAAGCUGGAGGAGAGCACGGCGUACGUGUUCCGGGCGCGCGCCAACACGUCGGUGGGCGCCGGGCCGUGGAGUGCGCCCUUCUCGGUCAGCACCGAGAGUGACCUGGUGCGGCCGCCCAUCAACCUGCGCGCCAUGGCCACCAGCUUCUCAAGCGUCGAGGUGUGGUGGGAGCACGUGCACACCGCCACACAGAUCGUCGGAUACCAGGUGUUCUACGCCAUGGCGCCCGGGACGGACCUAGACGCCUGGUCGUUCAAGAAGGUGCCGAUCACCACGUCUGCUGAGCUGAAGAACCUGGACAAGCACGCCCAGUACGCCAUCGCGGUGGCCGCGCGCAGCAAGUCGGGUCUGGGCCGUCUCUCGGACCUGAUCCGCGUGCGCGUGAAUCCAAUCGACGUGCCGCUGAACCUGCACGCGCUCAACGUGCGCGCGCACGGCAUGUCGCUGACGUGGCGCCGGCCGGCGCACCUUGACCCGCGCAACUACCGCAUCCGCUACGACGCUGUCAAGGAGUUCCUCGAUGCCGAGGGCGUAACACAGUCGCGUCGCAUCGAGCCGCGCUCGCUGAUCCUGGACGCCAAGCGGUGCGAAAAGAGGAGCGUCUGCCGCAAGCAGAUCGAGGACCUGGAGCCGUUCACCACGUACACGGUGAACGUGACGGCCGUGCCCGACGACAACGGCUACCGCGCGCCGGCCAAGAUCCGCGUCACAACUCAGAUGGCCGCGCCGCAGCCGAUGGCGAAGCCCGACCCGCUGGGCGUGCGCAACCAGAAUGUGAUGGUGAUCCUGCCGCGUGCCUCGGAAGAGUACGGCCCCAUCUCGCACUACCUUGUCGUGGUGGUGCCUGAACACGACGUCAGGGACCAUCCGGAUUCGCACAGCACAAAGAAGAUGGUGGAGGCGAAGCGCUCCGAGCUGAUGCCCAACUACCGGCCGUACAUCACCGCCAUGUUCCACCAGCGCAGCAUCCCGUACACCUUCGCGCUCGGGGACGGUCGCAAGUACGACGGCUUCGUCAACAAGCCGCUGGAGAAGGGCAAGAAGUACCGCAUCUUCGUGCGUGCCGUCGUGGACAUGCCGGCGGAGGACCUGUUCACGUCCAGUCCGUACUCAGAAUUGCUCAGUCUGGACAUGAAGCGGCCGCGGGCGGGCGCGUCGUACUCCUCGUCCAGCCUGGUCUGGGUGGUGGGUCCGACGGCCGUCGGUCUGUUGCUGCUCAUCAUCCUGGUGCCGUACAUCGUCAUCGCCGCCAGGAGGUGUGGCAGGCGGCGCCAGUUGCAGAGGUCGCCAGAGCCAGCCACCGUGAUGAAGCCGCCGAUGUGCGACAUGGCGGCGCCGGCCAGACACUCGCAGACCGACCCGGCCGAGGUCCGGCGCCAGAACCUCCAGACGCCCGGCAUGAUACCGCACCCACCCGUACACGUUAGCCAGCUGGCCGACCACGUGGAAGCGCUCAAGGCCAACGACAACAGCAAGUUCUCGCAGGAGUACGAGUCGAUCGAGCCGGGUCAGCAGUUCACCUGGUUCAACUCCAACCUGGACAAGAAUCAGCCCAAGAACCGAUAUGCUAACAUAUUAGCGUACGACCACUCGCGCGUGGUGCUGCAGUCGGAGGAGGGGCUGGCGGGCAGCGACUACAUCAACGCCAACUUCUGCGACGGCUACCUCAAGCACAAUGCCUACAUCGCCACCCAGGGCCCGCUGCCCGAAACGUUCUCCGACUUCUGGCGCAUGGUGUGGGAGCAGCGCAGCUUCACUAUCGUCAUGAUGACGCGCCUGGAGGAGCAGGCGCGCAUCGAGUGCGAUCAGUACUGGCCCACCAAGGGCACGAAGUCGUACUGGCCCAUCCACGUGACGCUCACAGACAGUCAGGAGCUGGCCAGCUACGUGGUCCGCACCUUUCAGCUGCAACGGGCCGAUUCGCUGGAGCGGCGCGAGGUGCGCCAGUUCCAGUUCACGGCAUGGCCUGACCACGGCGUGCCCGACCACCCGACGCCGUUCCUGCUGUUCCUGCACCACGUCAAGGCGCUGAACCCGGCCGACGCCGGGCCGAUGGUGACGCACUGCUCGGCUGGUGUGGGCCGCACCGGGUGCUUCAUCGCCAUCGACAGCAUGCUGGAGCGCAUCCGCUCCGAGGCCACGGUUGACGUCUACGGUCACGUGACUUGCCUGCGAGCCCAGCGCAACUACAUGGUGCAGACCGAGGACCAGUACAUUUUCAUCCACGACGCGCUGCUGGAGUCGCUGGUGGCCGGCAACACGGAGGUACCGGCACGUAACCUGCAGGCCUUCACAUCGCAGCUGCUUCCGCCGACCGGACCCGGCGACAACAUCACCGGCAUGGAGCUCGAGUUCCAGGAUCAGCACUGGACUGGUCCCGCCCCGCAGGAUCAGCACUGGACUAGUCCCGCUCCGCAGGAUCAGCACUGGACUGGUCCCGCUUCGCAGGAUCAGCACUGGACUGGUCCCGCCCUGCAGGAUCAGCAUGUACCGACGGCGUUCGCGUACCGAGCGGCGCUCGAGUGCCUCAACACGCUCGACCACGUAGUGCUCGAGCGUGAGCCGCAGCGGCGAUUGAGCGAGCGAGCCUGCCGGCCGGGCGCCUGCGACGGUGCCGACAUAUCAGGGCGGCGCGGCCGACUGCAGCAGCACCGCCGCCAAGGCCCACAUUUCCCCUGCCCGCGACCGCCAUACGUGACGUGAUACGGCGGGCGGCCGGGCUCAGCCAUGCGCACAAGGUGCUGUACACAAGGCCGCUGUACAUACGCCCGUUGGCAUAACGAGAGGUAACGUGCCGCGCCGCGGUGCGGUGCGCCAAACAUGUGUAAGAUGUUGUGGCGGCGUGCCCGUCGCACAUAUCAGUGACGCCCGCCUGAUGCAUGUUCGCUAGCCGCGUCCCGGGCUCCGCUGCCGAGUCGACAGCCGGAGCACGGUCCUGAUCUUUCUUCUGCGUUUUAGAUUAUCUGUACGCUGCAUUUUGUCGGCGAGACGGUUCGAAGGGAUUUUAUUUGCACAUGGUGUUCGUCUCCUCGUGACGUGUCGGCGGCUGGCGUCACGGCGACGGUGGCGGCGCCGCCAGGCCCUGCGU